AUGCCUGCUACUAUCAUCUGCAUUGGGAUGGCGGGGUCCGGGAAAACGACCUUCGUGCAGCGGUUGAACUCGCAUCUGCACCAGAAGAAAACGCCACCGUACGUGAUAAACUUGGAUCCGGCGGUGCUGAAGGUCCCGUUCGGGUGCAACAUCGACAUACGGGACUCGAUCAACUACAAGAAGGUGAUGGAGGACUAUAACCUCGGGCCAAACGGAGCGAUCGUCACCUCGCUCAACUUGUUCAGCACGAAGAUCGACCAGGUGCUCUCGAUCGUGAAGAAGAGAAGCGACAGCUUCAAGCACUGUGUGGUGGACACGCCGGGCCAGAUCGAGUGCUUUGUUUGGUCGGCUUCCGGUUCGAUCAUCACCGAGUCGUUUGCGACCGAGUUCCCCACCGUGAUUGCGUACAUCAUCGACACGCCGCGCAGCGCCAACCCUUCCACGUUCAUGUCCAACAUGUUGUACGCGUGCUCGAUCUUGUACAAGACCAAGUUGCCGAUGAUUGUGGUGUUCAACAAGACCGACGUCCGUGAUGCGCAGUUUGCCAAGGACUGGAUGACCGACUUCGAGGCGUUCCAGGACAGCUUGAGGAGCAACGCGGAGUUGAACGACGAGACCUCGAACGGGUCCGGAUACAUGGCGUCCUUGAUCAACUCGAUGAGUUUGAUGCUCGAGGAGUUCUACUCGACACUAGACGUGGUCUCCUGUUCGGCCUACACGGGCGAGGGCUUUGACGACUUCCUCAAGGCUGUCGACGACAAGGUUGACGAGUACAACGACUUCUACCAGAAGGAGAGAGACCGGAUAGUGCAGGAGAAAAAGGACAAGGAGAAGAAAGACAAGGACGCGCAGUUGACACACUUGAUGAAGGACUUGGGGCUGAAGGACAAGAAGAAAGCUGCCAGCGGGGCUGCUGACAAGGACGAGGUGGACGUGUUGUCCGACCUCGAGGACGAGAUCGAGCGGGACGAGAAGGCCGGCUACGAGCACGGCUUGAUCGACCUGGAGGACAGCGAGCGAGAGUACACCUUCCAGGAGGACCGCACGGGGGAGGUGAGGGACGAGGAGGACGCCUCGGAGGUGGCCAAGAGCAUCCAGCAGAGAUACCAGCAGGCGUUCGAGUCGACGGCCAAGACUGCCUCGAGCAGUGUGGCCGAGGACAUAGCCAAAUACAUCAACGGUGCGUGA